AUGGCUCAUUUACUAACACCAACUCCUACAACUGCUGCAACACCUCUCUCCGCCAGAGCCCGGCAGAGCCCCCUCUAUUCUUGGAAAAAUGGUAACUUUUCAACGCCAAGAGUGUGCUGCGUUCGCCACCAAUGUCAACAAUCUCGCCCCUCUCACCUUGAUCAAGUCCCUCCUCAUCGUGAUGACCACUCUCUGCGUCGCAGGACAUUGAUGGGGUUGAGUGGUGCGGUAAUGUUGGGGUUGGGUUUGGUUGAUGAGCAAAGUGCAAGUGGCGCUGCAAGGCGUCCACCGCCUCCACCGGCGGAGAAAAAGGAUCCGAGUGUGAGUGGCGUUAUGGCUAAAAUAUUGGCUAGCAAGAGGAGGAAAGAAGCCAUGAAAGAAGAAGUUGCCAAGCUAAGAGAGAGAGGCAAGACCGUUAACAAAGAGGCACCGCCACCACCACCUCCUCCUCCUCCUCCUCCCGCCCCUGCACCUUAA